AUGUGUCUCUCGGCUGGCCUGGGAAAGCCUUGGGAUUCUCCCAAAGGAGCUGGUCCAAGUCACCGGGCAGCAGGAAAUCUGGACUUUUUGCUAACUCUUGUCUCCCGGAUUGAGGAGCUGAGAUGCACACAGGCGCUGAAGGUGACAUCGACAGGUCCGCAGACCAUCCAGAGGGCCGAGGGCGACAGCGUGACUUUGGGUUGCACUUACAUAACGAGCUUGCUGGACACCGGAGAAAUUGACAUUGAAUGGUCUGUGAUCAGUCCAGACUCUACCAAGAAGGAUCAGAUGCUUUUGUCAUACACCAGCGGCACCAAGUACCACCAUGGAGGUCCGAGAGUUACUGAAGGCUUCAGCUUUGCUGCAAGCGAUCCCUCCAAGGGCGACGCUUCUCUUUCCAUCGCUCAGCUGUCACGCAACCACAGUUCUACCUACCGGUGCAAAGUGAAAAAGCCACCUGGAGUCGAUACCCGCAAGGUGUCACUGGUGGUUAAGGUAAAACCAUCUGUACCUCGCUGCUGGCUGGAAGGAGGGGAGCUUGUCGGUGAAGCCGUUUCUCUGCACUGCGAGUCCUCUGAAGGAUCCACUCCCCUAACAUACAAGUGGCGGAGAGAAAGCAAAGACCUCAUGCCUGCUGCUGCCACACAGGACGGGGAGCUGAGAAUCAGCAACCACACACAGAGCUUUGCAGGGAUCUACCUUUGUGAGGUGAACAAUGCUGUUGGAACCGAACGCUGCAGGAUCAGCCUGAGAGCCAACAAGCAUCCCAACAGAUCUGCAGUGAUCGGGGGGAACGUUGUGGGCUCGCUUCUCCUCAUCUACAUCUUUCUGGUGUUUGCUGGGGUCCUGUACUGGAAGCUAAGAGACAGACGCCGCCAUGAUAAGGAGUUCUCCAAUGAGAUCAGGGAGGACGUGGGGCCACCUGACAGCCGCCCGGUGAGCCGGCACACCGGUCUGACCCCGCAGACCGCUUACAGCUGGGCGGAUCAGAACCGUGUCGGCUAUCUCACACACAACCCCUCCAGCUACAGGCAAGGACGAACAGCGGCGCAACAUGCAGCGGCUGGAGACGACGGCAAGCACCGAUACGACGCGGGAGGACUUUAACCUGGACACUGCAGGGCAGUUUGGACAGGAAACAAAUACAUAGAGAAGUUAAAAGCACAUGCAGGUCAAGAUUUUCAAAAGUAGCA